GCUAAACACAGUGAAACUCUAAUCCAGUUUCCAGUUUUUUCUUAAAUUUUUAAUCAGAAAAGUCUACAAAACUCAUCUCGUAAGACAAACCAAGCUGAUGUAAAGUUGUCACAGCUGCUACCAAUGAUGUCAGGGAAAAAAAGACAUGAUUGUUUGCACCACGAAUCCGAUGAAGAAGGCUGUUGCGGUUUCAUUCAGGUGUAUGACUGCAGCGUCAAUGAAGUAAACAAUAAAGAUUCAGAGGAGCUAUUUGAGAUCAAUCUGAAGGAAUCAUUGGAGACAAUAUCAGAAGACUCUGAGAGUAGCGUGUUCUCUUUUGACAUUCACAACAACAACGACACAGAUGUUGUUCAUGUGGCAGUAGACCACGUUGGAGAAUCAAGCAUGGAAGCCCUUUUAUGGACUUUGAACCAUGCUGUCAGACCCUCUACCACUGUCUAUCUCAGACACGUUUUUCCUGAAAUCAGGCUCAUCCCAAGUCCAUUUGGAAAAUUUCCAAGGAAUCGUGUAAAUGCAGAGUAUGUUAACUUUCACUUGACUCAACAGAAAGGCAAGAAAAAAUUGCUCCUUCAAGAGUUCAUUGACUUGUGCCUUGAUUCAAAGGUUAAGGUGGAAGUGAUGGUUGUAGAGGGUGACAACGUUGCCAAAGCAAUAACAGAGCAAGUUAGAGAUCAUGAUAUAAGAAAAUUAGUGAUUGGAAUCACCAAAUCUAAUUUAAGCAAAUCCAUGUCCAGAAGAAGAAAUGGCAUAGCAGAUAAGGUCCUCAGAAAUGCACCAGAAAUCUGUGAUGUUAAAAUAAUAUGCGAUGGAAAUGAAGUAACAGAUCAAAUGAUUACAAGUUCCAGAGUUGCACAUGAAGAGAAUGAAUCAUGUGGUUUUGUUCCUCUUAUGCGUUUUGUGUCCAAUCCCAUAUGGCUAUUUAGACCCAGAUUUUGAUCAUAAAAAUGUGAUUAAUUAGUGAAUAAUUGAUGUUUAAAGAGAUAAUUAUCAUUAUGCAGAUGUAUAUAUCAGAGUUUUGUAAUUACUGAAAGUGGCAAUUGUCUAUUCCAAGAAAUUAGUGGUGAGCUUCUGAUGCAUGAUGAUAUGGUGAGUUAGGCUGAAAGUAUUAUAUGGUAAUAUUGCUGUUAACAUGUGGUGGUUGCUAUGAUGCUUUACAAA